AUGCAGAGUAACCGGUUGAAUGUAAGCAAGCCGAUUGCACCCAGUAGAAGAGGCGUGAGACUUAAGCCCGGGUACAGUCAACUGGAUUGGAAUAACCUGGUGCAGACCAAAGGUAGUAGAGGUGAGCUGAUUACUGGAGUGAAUGAAUUGCUUGUCGAUUCUGAAUUCCAAAGAAUAAAUGGACAUCAGCAGAUGAGGUUAAUUGAAAAUGGAGUGCCACUGUUUAGAAUAAGAAAUCCUUCUAUAAAUAUAAAUAAGAAGAUAUUACAGAGGCAUCAAAUAUCAAAAGAGGAUUUCUGGGGUGUUUAUAAAGGUAAAGUCUACAGUCUUUCACGUUAUUUGGAGUAUCAUCCUGGUGGUAUUGAAAUUAUACUCAAUAAUUGUAAAAAAAAUGUGGACAUGACCGCCAUUUUCAAUAAAUAUCAUCCAUGGGUUAAUAUGGAAAGAUUGUUAGAAACUUGUUAUGUAGGUAUAUAUAUUGAUUAA